AUGGACGCGCGCGCGUCUCGCUCAACCGCGCCCCGCUGGCCGUUCUUUCGUCGCCUGCGCGCGCUACUGCUCGUCGUCGCCCGCCUCUCCUUCCACCUCCCCGUCGCCACCAUUAACGGGAUCCGCGACCGCAGCUAUCGCCCCCGCGCAGCCAUCCAGGCGGCUUCCGCCACCGCCGCGGGCAUGCGCGUGAGCCGCAGCGAGCCGUCGCUUUUAACCCUUGCUGGAGACGACGCGCCGCCAGAGGCGGCGCCGCGACGCGCGGCGGGCAGCGGAGAACUCGCAGCGACGGUCUCGUCGCCUUUAGCGCGCGAUAGUGUCGAUGCGGAGGGGCGCAAGACGGUGAACGAGUACGUGAGAGAGCGUGUGAUUGGCAGAGGCUCCUACGCUAAAGUGGUUCUGUACCGCCAUGCGCCCACAGGCCUCAUGUGCGCGCUCAAGGUGUGCUGCAAGUCCCGCCUUGCGAGGGUGCGGGUGGCGCCAGGCGGAACUGCCCUCAUGGAUGUGCAGCGCGAGAUCCGUGUGUUGCAGCGCCUGCAGCACCCGCAUGUGGUGCAGCUCAGGGAAGUGAUUGACGACCCUUCCUCCGAUAAACUCUACCUCGUGUUUGAGUACCUGGAUGGCGGGCCUGUCUUCCCAGAGGAUGAACCGCCAGUGGGGGGUGUGGGCGAGGAGAUGGCGCGGAGGGUGUUUCGGGACGUCAGUGCUGCCCUGCUCUACGUGCACAGCCAGGGAGUGGUACACAACGACAUCAAGCCAGCCAACAUUCUCUGCACUGCGCACGGCACUGCCAAGCUCGCCGACUUUGGCGUCUGCCAGGAGGUCGCGUCCCCCGAUGACCUGCAGCGCAGGAGUCCUGGCACCCCCGCCUUCACUGCGCCUGAGUGCUGCACUGGAGAGCCGUUCAAGGGCGUGGCAGCGGACACAUGGGCGCUGGGGUGCACGCUCUAUGCCAUGGUGUGCGGGCGCCACCCCUUCCUGGGGCCCUCACUCAUGGAUACCUAUGACAAGAUCCAAUCUGAGCCGUUGAUUCUCCCACCAGACAUGUCGCCCUCGUUGGCAGAUCUCCUCACCAGGCUUCUGCACAAAG